CCACCAAAUCGGAAAUUGAUGACAGAUGGACACCUGGUUGCAUUGAAUCAAUAAUCGGACCUAUAAAAAUCGCCGGUAACGGACUCAUCUGCCUAUUCUGCUCUUCUCGGACUGGAGAAUGUCGAAAUUUACCUUCCUUAUCGCCUUGCUGGUAGUUGUCUGUGGGGUUACGUGUACGUACGUUCAGUACGGCGACGUGGAAGACGCUUGGCAACAAUAUUUGAAAGAGUACCCGUUGGGAAUCAAGACCAAAGCUGAAUAUGGAAAGUCCAAAUCCAACUUCGAGAGGAUCCACAGCAUCAUUGAAGAACACAACGCCGAUCCGAAAUCCACGUAUCAAAUGGGACACAACGAAUUCUCUGUUUUGGACGUCGAGGAACGUAAAAAGUACUUACUAAACAACACUCUCGCUUCGACCAAAUCUCUUUACCAAGAAUUGGGAUUUGAAACUGGACUGGUCGAAGAAGACGACGAUCUCAGCACUCUCCGAAAUCUGUCCAGCUCCGUUGACUACCGUAACCACCGAUGCAUGCAACCCGUGAAAAAUCAAGGUGCGUGUGGAAGCUGUUCAGCCUUCGCAGCUACUGCGGUCGUUGAAUUUGCCCAGUGCAUGAAAUCAGGAACGCCGGUCAAUCUCAGCGAGCAGCAAAUCGUCGAUUGCGACUUUGCAGAUAGGCGAUGCGGAGGUGGAUCCUAUCACGAGUAUUGGAAGUCCCUCAUCAGAGCCGGUGGCCAGGCUCACUCCGCUGGCUACCCUUACGUGUCGGGUGCGACGAAAGUGAGAGGGCCCACCUGCAAGAAUAAGAGUAAAGGAGCUAAACUAGCUGCCACCAAUCCUAUCGUCGCUCUUCAAAAGGGAGACGUAAAUGGCGUAAUGAGGUUGCUGGCCAGAGGGAAGGUCGUCGCAGUUUGCGUCGGAGUUACCGACAAAUUUAUGAACUACAGAUCCGGCGUGUACACCACUCCCUGCAAAGGGAAAGAAGGUCUUCACGCUAUCGCUGCAGUGGGCUACGGGACUUCUGAUGGCGGCACGAAAUAUUGGAUUAUUCGUAAUUCUUGGGGGCCUAAGUUUGGUGACGCCGGAUACAUCCUCUUCCAGCGUGGCAUCAACUUGUGCGGUGUCGAAAGAGACUUGGCGACUGUUAACGUCGCCUAAAAUUCUGGCAGAUAUUCGAAUGAUCUGUCUUGUAUUAAUUAUCUUUGUUCUCUACAUUAAUUAUCUUUUUGACUGCAAUACAAAAAAAGAAAUUUAA